AUGAGAGUAACCAUUGUUGCCUGGGGACGAGAAUUCGCCAUGGAAAUCGGUUUCCAGGAAUCUGUGUUAGCGAUCAAAGGGAAGUUAGAACAGUUUCUGGGAAUUCCAGUAGGAUCGCAAACACUUUCUGUAUCCGGUUGGGAGCUUGUUGACGGAUUAGACAUGGAGGAUUACCCGAUCAUCACUCAGGGUACCAAAAUCGACCUUAUCACGAAACCGCUUUCGCAUCCCUUUAACCAUUGCAGUAAAAUGCAAAUCAUUGUAAAAUUUUCGGCUAAACAGAUUGCCAUUGAAGUUGAUAGAAGCGAAACAGUUAGCAGCUUAAAAGAAAAAAUCCACAUUGUGGAUGGCACACCGAUUAAAAGAAUGUCACUGUUUUUCUCCGGAAUAGAAUUGGCAGAUGAUUUCCGAAACCUGAGUGAAUAUGGGAUUUCUGAAUACUCAGAAAUCAUUGUUUUCUUGAAAACUAUGAGCCGUUUAAGGGAAGACCCUCCAACAAGGAAGCUAAAUAUAGUGGUCCAAAUGUCUUCGAGCCUGCUAAAUGCGGCUGCCAUUACAUUCGAAAUGAAGGAUUGUAGCACUGUUAAUGAUUUGAGGGAGUUAUUGCUGAGCAGAAAAAUUCUUCCCCAAGAUGAUUAUCUGUUCAUACACAAGCAAAGGAUCAUGCGUGAGAAUUGUAGCUUAAAGUGGCAUGGUGUUGAAAAUGGGGAUUGCCUCUAUGUAUUUAGAGGCACUGUUAGUCGUAGUGGAUGUUGA